AUGCCGCCCCUCCAACCCCCCUCCUCCACCUCCUCCCACACCUCGGACUCAGACACCGACAACAACGACGAGAACUGGCUCACCCAGCCCGGCGCCGAGGACGACGACGAAGACCGCGAGGAGUCUGUCCCUGUAGUCUCGCUGCUCGACGACCAGGCGUUUCCCGAUGCUGCGUCCAUGUUGGCGCACUGCCGGGAGAAGCACGGGUUUGAUUUUCUUGCGGUGAGGGACGGGCUGGGGUUGGAUUUUUUGGGGUGUGUAAGGUUGAUUAAUUUGGUGCGGCGGAGUACCAAGGAGGGCAAGGCGUUGCCGGAGAAGAUCACGGCCGACGAUCUGGCGGAUGAUGCGCUGUUGAUUCCUGUGCUGGAGGAUGAUGCGUUGAUAUUCUGUCUGGAUGACCUUCCCGGACCGGGGCAGAGUGAGCAGGUAACUGCCCCUGUCACUACCACGGCUGGAGCGGACGGUAAGGCCCCCCAGAGCGGCGACGCCCCUGCGGUGGAGGACCUCCUCGAGAAGAAUGUGCAGCUGCAGGCCGAGUUAGAGCAGCUGGCAAAGCAGUUCGGCAACUACCGGGCGGCGGUCGAGCAGACGCUGGAUAAGCGCUGGGGAGUGGAUGAGGAGGGUAAGGAUGACAAGGCUGCUCCCCCGAGUGCUGGUGCUAGUGCUGGGGCUGGUGAAAAGAAACAGCAUGAUGCGUCGGCAUACUACUUUGAGUCGUACGACCACAACGACAUCCACGAGACAAUGAUCAAAGACACGGUCCGCACCAACGCCUACCGCGACUUCAUCUACGCCAACAAGCCGCUCUUCGCAGGCAAAACCGUCCUCGACAUCGGGUGCGGCACCGGCAUCCUAUCCAUGUUCUGCGCCCGCGCCGGAGCCGCCCGCGUCGUAGCCGUCGACAACAGCGCCAUCCUCGACCGCGCCCGCGAGAACGUCUUCCGCAACGGCCUCGACAACAUCAUCACCUGCGUGCGCGGCCGCAUCGAAGAAGUCACCCUCCCCAUCACGCAGUUCGACAUCAUCGUCAGCGAGUGGAUGGGCUACUGUCUCCUGUACGAAGCCAUGCUCCCCAGCGUCUUCUUCGCGCGCGACCGGUACCUCGCCCCGGGGGGUCUCCUCGUACCCAGCCACGCCAGCAUGUGGAUCGCGCCCGUGGCGGACUCUGAGUAUGUCGCCGACAAUAUUGACUGGUGGCGUGACGUGUACGGGUUCGACAUGCAGGCGAUGCAGACGGGGAUCCAUACCGAGACGCGCAUGACGGUGAUGCCGGCGUCGGCGGUCUGCGGAUCGGCGCAUGCUUUCCGCAUGCUGGACUUGCAUACAGCCAAGGUUGAGGACCUCACUUUUGAGGAUCCCUGGCAGACUACCUUUUCAGGGGCCGCGGGGGAGGAUGGUUCCAAGCCAAACACAGACCCAGCCGUGUUAGACGGAUUCCUAGUCUGGUUCGACUGCUUCUUUGCCGAAACCCGCGAGGAAGUCGUCGAGGCGCAGCUAACCGCCAAGGAAUGGGCGUCGCGCGGGACGGAACGGGUCGCGUUCACCACGGGGCCGUUUGACACCGCGACACACUGGCGGCAGGGUCUGUAUCUGAUCGACAAGAAGAAGCAGAAGGAGAAGAAGAAGGACAAGGCGACGGAGAUUGAGGUCAGGCCGGGGACGAAGUUGGGGGGCAAGAUUCGGUAUGCGACGGCUGAAGGGCAUGAAAGGGGGUUGGAUAUUCGGUUGACGUGGGGGUUGGAAGGGGAGGGGGAGGGUGAGGAGCUGGAGCAGACUUGGUUGUUGCAUUAA